UUUUGAGCCAGCAAGGUGCGAGUACGAAUGCUCUCCAAUCCGUGCGUACGGCCGAUUUUAAACUGUCAGUCUCGACGUCGAUCGAACUUUCACGGGAAGAAUGGAUUGUGAAUUUUUCGACGGUCUCAUUGAUCGGACUUACCUUUUGUUUUGUUUUCCUUCCUGUGAAUAAAACGGGUUGAAUCAGAUAAUUUAAAUCAGUGAAGGGAAAAAAUAAUAAAGGAAACAUGGAUCAGAAUAGGAAUAGACCUAGUAGACCACGUCUUCGUUCUCAUGGCAAUUCUGCCAGAGUACUUGUGUUUGAUCAAACUGAAAGCGAAGAGUCCACUUGCAGUACUGAGACAGAAGUGCAAAAACGACCAAUUCCAUCCAGAAUGGAAAGCAAGGAAGCUCCAGUUCGGCCUGUUAGUGGAGAACUGUCAAAUCUGGUUCGAAUGAGGAAUUCUGCAAUUGGGAAGUCUGCACCUUCUUUAUCUGUUCAUGUGCGUGAUUUUAACAUUCCUCGGCGUGCUGCUAAAGCAGCUCAUCGUAAAUCUUUUAUUGCAACAACAUCUCCAACUUUACCACGUUGCCAUUCACCAUUGUCAGCGUUCGUCCCGAUUGUAGGCAGUCCCCUAGAGAGUCCUAGGAUGUCAUCCAGUCCACAUUUUGCUUUUGCUCCAAUUAAAAGGAUUGGUGGAGGUGCCACAGGAACUGGAGAUGGCAGAAGAUGGUCAGUUGCUAGCUUACCAUCUAGUGGGUAUGGAACAACGCCAGGAUCCAGCAAUGUCUCGUCACAACACUCAAGUCAGGAACGCCUACAUCAGCUUCCAAAUGUUCCAACCAAGGACGAAUUGCGUAUGCUUUCUUGUCAUUUCUCUAAGCCUGGCACUCCGUGUUCUUCGCAUCCAGGCUUCCCAGGUUCUAGUAUUUCUAGUAUUCCAGGCAGCGUGUCCCUCAGCCUUGACGAGGAGGGUCGUAGGUCGCCAUUACAUAGACCUCGUUCACGAAGUUUAAGUAGUCCAAGUCGAUCUCCCGUACUGGACAGUGAAAUUGUUAUGAUGAAUACUCUUUAUAAAGAACGAUUUCCAAAGGCAACGCAGCAAAUGGAGGAACGUUUAACCAAUUUUAUCCAUGAAAAUAAGGAGCUUGACGAGUACGAAGUAAUGGCAAAUAUGACUCAGGAUUCUCUACCGAUUUUACGGUUCGUGCAUCACCAAGUAAUUGAAAUGGCAAGAGAUUGUUUGCAAAAAUCUCAGGAAAAAUUAAUCACAACUAGAUAUUUUUAUGAAAUGAGUGAAAAUUUAGAACAUUUGUUAAUGGAGACAAAGGAUAAAUCACUUGAAGCUGCAACGAGAUUAACGGGGCUUAUUAAGAAACUACUGUUAGUAAUAUCACGACCAGCUCGUCUUUUGGAGUGUUUAGAAUUCGACCCAGAAGAAUUUUAUCAUUUACUUGAACAGGCCGAAGGCCAGGCAAAAAUUAAUGCAGGAAUAAAAACAGAUAUACCUCAGUACAUUAUUACCAAGCUUUCUCUUAAUAGAGAUCCAAUAUCAGAGUUACAAGAGGAUUUAAAUAAGUUAGAGGAUUCGGCAAGUUCGAGCGAUAGUAACUUACAAAUUGCUUCAAGUCCAAAUAAGGACGAAGAAAAGUCUCAACGCAUUCCAUGCGAAAGCGAUUACGAAGUAUUGAAACUUAUUAGCAACGGUGCAUAUGGCGCGGUAUAUUUAGUUAAAGAGAAAACCACGCGACAGAGAUUCGCUAUGAAAAAGAUAAAUAAGAACAAUUUGAUGCUGCGAAAUCAAGUAGAACAAGUAUUCGCUGAAAGAGAUAUAAUGAGCUUCACAGACAAUCCAUUUGUAGUUUCUAUGUACUGCAGCUUUGAGACAAAAAAACAUUUAUGCUUGGUGAUGGAAUACGUGGAGGGUGGAGAUUGUGCGAAUCUUUUAAAAAAUAUUGGUCCAUUGCCGCCAGAUAUGGCAAGGUUUUAUUUCGCAGAAACUGUUUUAGCUGUCGAGUAUUUGCACAGCUACGGUAUUGUUCAUCGAGAUUUGAAGCCUGACAAUUUACUUAUUACUGCCCUUGGUCACAUUAAACUCACAGACUUUGGUCUCAGUAAAAUGGGUCUAAUGUCCUUGGCGACAAAUCUUUACGAGGGUUAUAUCGACAGGGACACGAGACAAUUUUCAGACAAACAAGUAUUCGGUACACCUGAAUACAUCGCUCCUGAGGUAAUAUUACGUCAGGGAUAUGGUAAACCUGUUGAUUGGUGGUCCAUGGGCAUUAUACUGUACGAAUUUCUAAUUGGCUGUGUACCAUUUUUUGGUGAUACUCCGGAAGAAUUAUUUGCUCAUACGGUUAAUGAUGACAUCGAGUGGCCAGACGAAGACGACUGGCCAGUUCAGCCAGAGGCUAAAGAUAUUAUAACAGCGUUGUUACAGCAAAGUCCUAGGGAUCGGCUAGGCACUGGUGGAUCUCACGAGGUCAAAGAGUAUCCAUAUUUCUAUGGUGUAAAUUGGAACAGUUUAUUGAGACAAAAGGCUGAAUUCGUGCCGCAAUUAGUCAAUGAUGAGGAUACUAGUUAUUUCGAUACUCGUAUGGAUAGAUAUAAUCAUGAUAUAGGCGAUGAUACCGACGACACCGAUGACUCCCCUUUAUUUGGAUCGUUCUCUUCGUACUCCCCGCAGUCACGAAAGAUAUCUCAAACCCGUCCACCGCAGAUAAAUCCCGAACAGGCAGAGUUAGAUGCUUCGAAGAAACAAUUAUUCCGGACUGAGCUCGAACGCACAGUCGCACAAUUGUCUCUCGGCUCGAAUAGCUCAAUCACGCCUCCAUCCAAAUUAGCAGAAUCGACUCCGUCGGAUAAGAAUCGUUCUUCUUCGUCCAUUAAAAGUAUCACGAGCAUCGAAACACCUCCAAAGUUGGAUAAGUCAAACACGUCGUUCACGAGUCCUGCAACGGUGACUAGCGGGGAGUCACAGUUAACGGUUAUUAAAAAUAGUCAAGUAGAAGGAACGUCCAUCAGUUUGAGUACGCCCGAUUCCUCACAAACGGAGUCUGAGGAUAUCAGUCCACAGAUCCAGAGAAAACGGCACGUGCAUUCCCGUGACAAGCUGCCCAGGUUCAGUAUAUGCAUUGAUGAUGAACACAUGUUAGAUCUCAUCGCUGCGAACAGAGAUGCAGCUGAGGAAAGCAAGCAUAAUUCUAGUACAGAUUCUUUCGAAUCGUUUACCGCGAUGCCAAUUAUACCGUCCGCGAAACAGAAGUCGCGGUCUGUGAUUAAAUCCGCAUCCACUAGUGGAUUGUCAUUGGUUAUACCGACUAGUGACUUCUCUUACGAUGCGUCAUUAAAUACUCAGCCAAUCGAAUCUCCCGGUGGAUCGUCCACUGCUUCUUCGAGAGAUACGUCCCCUUGUCGCGAACUGAGUCCACUUGUAACCAGUUUAAAACCUCCAAUUAUCAUUCGAAGAGGUCCGUGUGGAUUCGGUUUCACUGUGCACACUAUUAGAGUUUAUUAUGGUGACAGUGAUUUUUACACGAUGCAUCAUCUAGUUAUGGCCGUCGAUCAAUCCAGUCCAGCUUUUGAAGCUGGUCUAAGACCAGGAGAUCUCAUAACGCAUAUAAACGGCGAGCCAGUGCAGGGUUUAUAUCAUAUACAAGUUCUCCAGUUGAUGUUAAGCGGUGGUGAUCACGUAACAUUGCGUAGCACACCAUUAGAGAAUACUAGUAUUAAAACGGGCGGACGAAGAAGAGAUCUGGCCCAGAGCAAGAUGGCGCGAAGAACGUUGCACAAGCAGCGCAAGCAGAAGCGCGAUCAUUCCGAUAAGAAACGAAAAACGUCCCUUUUUAAACGAAUUAGUUCGAAACGAGCUAGUGUAGAGAUGCAACAGCCAUUAACUAUCAGUUGUCCAUUGUCAGCACCCAUUCUAUCCAGCGACAGCAAACCUCCACUUAUGAUGGCUGCAGGAAUUUGCUCACCGUCAAUGGUAACACCCAGUCGAUCCUUCCAGUCGUUCACGCGUUCUCAAGAGACAUCGCCAUACUUUGCUGCCUGCACAAAGUCGGUCUGCAGUCCGUCACCGCCUACGAACCGUGUCAGCUCAGAGUCUUACCACUCCACAGGGAACUCGAGUCCUUGUUCCAGUCCAAACUCUUCGUCUCCGGGUUCUACAACGUCUGCAGCGAAUCUACCGACAAUAUCUAAUCAAUCUCACUAUCAACGGCCGAGUACUCUUCACGGUUUGAAGCAUAAGUUACACACAGCGGCGAAGAACAUACAUUCGCCUAAUCGUAGGAAAUCUGUGGGUCAUAUACCGUUGUCACCGUUGGCUAGAACUCCAAGUCCGUCGCCGCUUCCCGCCAGCCCCACCAGGAGUCCUAGUCCUCUAGCGUUCCCUACAGGACACCAGCCUGGCAGCUCUAACACUACGCAGUCCUAUAGUCCAGGUGUCUGCUUGUCAACGCAAAACAACCAGAAGAAAAGCUAUGGGCGGCCAAAAUCGGCAGAGCCAGGUUCUCCAUUACUGAGGAGAGCGCUCAGUCCAGACAGGCUUCAUCCUCGUUCAGCUGAGAACAAGACCUCCAUCUCUCCGUUAGCGAACUCAUCGGUGAAAGUAACACCUCGUGUGACCAUAGCUCAAUCAUCUUACUCAGAAAUAUCUGACGAGAGCAACGAGAGUUUUAAAGAGGUGAACGACACCAAAGGGGAAAAGAAAAUGCCUCCAGAACAGAAAGCGGAUUACUCGAAAAUUUCCCACGGGAUAUCGAUUAAUUUAGGGACCGUGGGUAUACCCAAUUCCUGUGGUAGUACUCAACUACCCAGAAUAGCCGAGGAAAAGGACUCACCGACUGGUUCUAAGUGCGAUGAUUACUCGAAGGAUGUUCUACCUUGUGACAAGAACGAUAGGAGUAAUAUUUCGAAUCGAUCCAUGGAACAAGAUGUGAUCUUCGAGUGUAACGAACGCUUUGAAUCGAACGUAGACGGGCUGCAUUCGUGCACGAAGAAUUCAGAAGUCUUCUCCUUUAAUAAAAUUGGGGAGAUUACUCGUAUAGAUAAUUCUUCUAACGUACAUACGCGUAGUUCUCAAAACGCGUCCCACAAGCAAUAUCAGAGCUUCGAGAAGGGCUUACAAAGUUUGUCUCUGAAGGCUACGUCGCAAAGCAGCGAGAAAGGCUCUCAAUCUUCGUGUCAAAAAGCUUCAAUACAGAGCAACGAGAAGAACUCGCAGUCUUUUGCUCAGAAAGCUUUUUCGCAGGCCAACGAAAGAGGCUCUUCACAAAUUACAACUCAGAAAUUGUCUCAAGAUAGUGACAAGGCGAACGAAAGAGGCUCCUCGCAGGUAGCAACUCAGAAAUCGUCUCAAGUUAGCGAGAAGAGUUACUCGCAGGCCAAUGAAAGAGGAUCUUCGCAGGUUGCAACUCAGAAAUCGUCUCAAGCUAGCGAGAAAAGUUACUCACAGGGUAACGAAAGAGGCUCGUCGCAGGUUGCAACUCAGAAAUCGUCUCAAGUUAACGAGAAGAGUUGUUCACAGGCCAACGAAAGAGGCUCUUCGCAGGUUACAACUCAGAAAUUGUCUCAAGUUAACGAGAAGAGUUGUUCACAGGCCAACGAAAGAGGCUCUUCGCAGGUUACAACUCAGAAAUUGUCUCAAGUUAACGAGAAGAGUUGCUCACAGGCCAACGAAAGAGGCUCUUCGCAGGCUGUGACGCAGAAGUCGAUUCAGGGAAGCGAGAAGAAGAGAGAAGAGUCACAGAAAUUGUCUCAGAGUAACGAGAAAUCAAUCGUAUCUCAUAAGGCAACCGAGCAAAAGGCAGCUGGCAAAAAUUCAGAGGCUAAUCCAGAAGGGAGAAAGACGAAGAAGUACAAAGUGGAAAAUUCUGACGUCUCGAGUAACACUUCCUCGAGUACACAACACUCGAGCAUUUUCGAAACUGUUGGAUCUGGAAAGGAUAAGAAGAACAAUUGAACGAAUCAUUUUAAUGAUCGAUCAGAUAUUUUUAAGGGUUCGAAUAGAUAGAUGUUCGCGUGUAACGAUCAGACUUUUUCUUUACGAAUGAAAUAAAUUGUCGGGGGGGCUUCUUUUUAAACACACUCUAUUUCCAAUCAAAUUUUACACACGAAGGAAGAAGAAAAAAAACACGAUCAAACGUCUGAUGGACACGGCGGACCUACGAAGGUUGUAACUCUAAGAGCAAGAUCAGAAAGAUGGCAAAUCAAAAAAGAAAGGAAAAUAGUAAACUGGUUCAGAGUUUUUACAGCUUUAAAAGGAAGUGGUUUCUACUCGAAUCAAGUAUUUAUAGGCUUCCAUCGAAUAACAUACCUGAACACAUAGCUUUAGCUGGUAUAAUUCUGAUAUAUCUCGCGGGCGAUCGGUGUUUUAUAGGCCAUCGUUCAUUCUGUAACCGUAAUACUUUUUUUUGUCAUACGAUCGUUGAAUACAGAAAGUAAGUGGACGAUGAAAGUAGAUAACAACUGCGAUUAAAAUGAAUACCGUUUCAACGAAUCUUACGAAAAAAAAGAAAAAAAAAAGAAAAACAUGAGCGCAAAAUCCUUUGGAAAUUGCCGUUGCUAAUUCUCCGCGGGAAAGGAAAAGGAAAAAGAAGAGGAAAAAAAAAAUGAGCAGAAAGAUAUUGGAGUAAUUUACACUUCGGGCAACAGUAUUUACACAGAUCUCAUUUACAUUUAACGUCUAAUUAUUAGCACAUCAUGUAUGGAUCAGCAUGUUAUAAAACAGUCAGCGAGUCGUCGCGUACAGAUAGUUUCCCAAAUGCGUAUAAUAUUCAUGAAUGGAUAAGAGAAGAGAAAGCAACAAAAAAAUAGCAUCGUAUAUACUCGUGAUUCAGAUAUAAAUGUAAGAAUUUUUAACGUUCUUUUCUUCCCUAUUUUUUUCUUUUUUUUUUUUAAACGUACACACCAGAAUAUAUUUAGACAUACCAAUUUGUUUUGUGUAAGAAUAUACGAGGCAAAGGCUGGACC